CCACCGAGGUACCUACCGACCGACACAAGCAACGGUAGCCGCAUUUCAGGGCUGGGGCCACUGAACGACCGGUCACUCAAUCGUCCCGCCCGAGCUACGGAUACCUUGUCUUCAUGAGCUUCUUGCGACUUUGCACAUUCAAAACCCGUGAUACACAAUAAUACCGAUAACCAGCGACUACCCCGACGACCUCGAAUACGAUCGGAUCCGACACCGCGUUCCCGAGAGAUUGAAACGAUUCCCAAUCUACAUACCCUACGCAUCCCCACGGCAUGCGCCCGUAAACCACCAUUCACCCAUCCCUUUCCGCUUCGUCUCGCCGCCGACUAUCGACAGCAACACCGAAAGACCCGGCGCAAACACGGCCACCUCCCCCGCGCGCCCGCCGCGGCCGACCCCCUAGCCCAACAUGGUCGUCUACUCCUUCUACAUCUUCGACCGCCACACAGAAUGCAUCUACUCAAAAACCUGGCUCCCUGCCGAACGGCCCCCUUCCCAACAACCUCCCUCCUCCGCCGGCACAGGCGCCGCACCACCACCACCGCCAUCCCAGCAGCUCGGCCGCCGCAGCCAAGUUAACUCGGCCAAGGACGACGCCAAACUCAUAUUCGGCACGGUAUUCUCCCUCCGCAACAUGGUCCGCAAGCUCGGCGGGGACGACGACGCCUUCAUCAGCUACCGCACCUCGGCCUACAAGCUCCACUACUACGAGACGCCCUCCAACCUGCGCUUCGUCAUGCUCACUGAUACGGCGACGCUGAGUAUGCGGAAUGUGCUGCAUCAGAUUUAUAUUAACCUCUGGGUUGAAUACGUCGUGAAGAACCCCUUGGCACCGGCCGAACACAAGGACGGCGAAGGCGUCAAGAACGAGCUUUUCGAACUGGGUCUGGAUCAAUUCGUCAGGGGCCUGAUGUGAAGGAGCCGUUUGCCGUUCAGGAGCAGGAAAAAGACAUACAAACCAAAGACCAACACGCGUGAACGGCUCUCAUUCUGGGAAACCUUCCCCAG